CGACAAUCAUAUAUCGUGCGCUGCUGAGGUCUUGUGGGAGUGCCAAUAAUAGAAGGAAAGCAGUCGACGCUUUGUGGUGAUUCAGAGUGUGGAUUAUUAAGAUGUGAAUUUUAUGAAUCAAUAAACAAUGGAUUAGCAGGAGACCAUGCCUACGGUUUUGGACAGGCCAGAACUCUCCUCCUCUGGGGCAUCCCCGGAGGAUGGAGUUCCUGAUAUGAUUGUCAUCAGUGAAAUCGAUGAAAACGGAAUCGCUGUCAACCUAAAAACCCGAUACACCAAGGAUCAAAUAUAUACAUUUACUGGAUCUAUACUGGUAGCUGUCAAUCCUUACAAAGAUAUUCCAAUAUAUGAUCAGAAAGAUGUUGCUCAAUUUAACGGCAAGAAACUUAGCCAGGUGGAGCCACAUGUGUUUGCGAUCAGCGAGGCUGCAUUCCAAAGUCUCCACAGCUCCCAGCAGAACCAGUCCUGUAUCAUCAGCGGGGAGAGUGGGGCCGGCAAGACAGAGACCACAAAGUUCAUCCUACAAUACCUCUGCUCCGUCACCAAUCAUGUCUCCUUCUGGGUGGAACAGCAGAUCCUGGAGGCCAACACUGUGCUGGAAGCUUUUGGUAAUGCUAAGACGGUGCGUAAUGACAACUCCAGUCGGUUUGGCAAGUUCAUGCAGGUCUGUUUUGACGCGUCCCACCAGAUCAAGGGCUGUAUUGUCCAGGACUACCUCCUGGAGCAGUCCCGCAUCACAUUCCAGUCUCCGGACGAGAGGAACUACCACGUGUUCUACCAGCUGGUGGCCGGAGCUGCCGCCGCCCCAGAGAUCCAGGACCAAUUCUUCCUGCUACCAAUCGAAAGCUACUACUACCUGAACCAGAGUGGCUGCUACCAUCUCUCAAACGUGGACGAUUCUAAAAUGUUCGACAGGCUCCGAUUGGCUAUGAAUGUGCUGAAUAUUCAGUCAGAGAUGGUGGAUGGGAUAUUCUCGGUGUUGUCGGCAGUGUUACUGAUUGGAAACAUGUCGUUUGAGGACAUUGAGGGAGAGAAGAGUGACUUGACUGAGGAAGCUAAGAGUAUUCUGGAGAUGGUGUGUCAGCUGCUCGGAUUUGAGCCGGACGGACUCACGGAGGCCCUGUUGUUUCGUCAGAUCCAGGUGCGAGGGACAGUCACCAGCAUUCCAUACAAAAUACAGGAGGCCAGCGACAACCGACACGCUCUAGCGAAGGCCCUCUACUCCCGGACCUUCGCCUGGCUGGUGGACGCCAUCAACAAGUGUACCAACCCCGGACAGCACCAGACCAAGUUCAUCGGGGUAUUGGACAUAUUCGGCUUUGAGAACUUCCAGACAAACAGCUUUGAGCAGCUCUGUAUUAACUACACCAAUGAGAAACUUCACAGGUUCUUCAACCAUUACGUAUUUGCCAUUGAACAACAAGCGUAUGAAGAGGAAGAGAUAAAUUUUUCCCACAUUACAUUCACAGACAACUCUGCCUGUGUAGAACUAAUCGAGAAGGCUCCUAGAUGUAUCUUGAAAACACUGGAUGAAGAGUGCAGGUUUCCUCAGGGCACAGACAAAUCCUAUGUUCACAAACAACACGAGGCGUUUGAUGGACACCCGUGUUACGUGAAGGGAGACCGGCGGAUGUGGGAUCAGGAGUUUGGGAUCCAGCACUACGCUGGCCUGGUGACCUAUACGGUCCAGGGAUUCCUGGACAAGAACAAGGACACACAGCAGGACCAGCUGUUUGAACUGAUGCACGGAUCCACCAAUGUGUUCGUACAGGAUCUUACCAGGUUCCAGGACUUACUGGGGGUAAGGCUGGAGGAUUUAAAGGGGAGACAAACCAUCUCCAGGACAAAUAAGAGCAAACCGACCGUGGGAGACACUUUUAAACACCAGUUAUCUGCCCUUGUGGACAUCCUCCACUGCACCAACCCGUGGUAUGUUCGAUGUCUGAAACCAAACUCGGCCAAAAUGGCCAACAACUUUAAUACGGGGGAUGUGCUGACCCAGCUACAGUACUCGGGGAUGCUGGACAUCAUCAGGAUAAAAAAAGAGGGAUUCCCCGUCCAUGUUGCCAUUGACGUCUUCCUGUCAAAGUACGGCUGUUUGCUGCAGAAGGCGGACGACGGACUAGAACCGCGGGAACAGGUCCGGAACAUCCUCACCGUCCUUCUCCUGCCGGAGACAGAGUGGCAGGUUGGAAAAACUAAGGUGUUCAUGAGGAAUUCUGUGUUUGAGCCCCUGGAGGUGCGCCGCUUUGAGUUCCUGACUCUGAAUGCAUUGUUUAUACAGAAGAUCUGGAGGGGCUUCCACUGUAGGAAAGCUUAUCUGGUGAAGAGAGAAGCCGUGAUCAUUUUACAGACCAACUUCCGAGCUCUGCGAUACAGAAUACAGUUCAAACGACUAAGAAGGGCAGCAAUCACUAUCCAGAGAUAUUUACGUGGAAUGUUUGCUCGAUGGUAUGUGGUGUCGCUGAGAGAACAGAAACGCAUUGAAGAGGAAAGGCGGCGACAAGAAGAGCUUGAACAAGAGAGACUACUCCGCCAGAAAGAGAUGGAGGAUAACCAGGUCAUCGAGGACUCCCUGAAAUUUUUACCGCGAGCGGAAUUAAUCCGAAGGCUAAAAGAUUCUCAGAAGGAACUCCAGUCGCUGACCAAGAUGAUCGAGUCGAUGUGUGAACACUUCCAGCCGGUGAUGUCACCCACGAACCUGAACCUGGAUGACAUGUUCAGCUUCCUGAAGGACGACAGCCUGGACAUCGAGCACCAGACUCAGGAGGCACUCGACCAGAUCAACACCGAGUUCACACUGCUCAACCAGCUCCUGGACGAAGACAUGGAGAGGCAUGAGGAGGAGACGUACCAGAAGAAUCAGGAGCUUGUCCUGAGAGACCUGGACCAGGCCAUGGAUGGGGAGGAGGCUGAUGAUGACGGUAUCCUCCCACCCCCACCCCCCACCAUGGACACCAGUAUAGUGGGCCUGGACCAGCUUCCACCCCCACCACAGGAAUAUGAGGAGACUCCUCCACCACCACCAGAGGGUAUGGUCCCACCUCCACCACCCCCACCCACAGGACUGGUGUCCCCUAUCUCACCCACCAUGACUGCCUCUACAGACUCUUCUUUUGCUGAAAAUAUGGCAGAUAUCUUGGAUAUGCAGAAAGAGCUGGAUCGGUUUGAAACCUAUGCUGAUGUUUUGACAUUCCAGAAACCACCUGUGUUACCACCACCGCCGACAAUACCUGCUCCACCUCCCCCGCCCCCGGGCACUCCAGCCCCGCCCACUUUACCAGUGCCCCCACCCCCACCUGGACCCCCACCACCGUUAUCAUCUGAAGAAAUGCCACCACCACCAAUAACAAAUGUCAACAGACCCUUACCUGCUCCCCCUGUUCUUCCUCCCCCUCCCACAAUCCCUGCUCCGCCCACCCCUACCGGUAUGGUCACAAGGAGACGACCCAAUUCAAUCAAAAUUCAGAAUGGCAACGUGAGACCGCCAUCCAAUGUGGAGGUGUUGUCCCCUACCAUGCAGAAAAAGCUGAGCACCCUGAUGUCUGGUCCCAGCGACGAAGUGGUCCAGAUGCGUGCCAAGAGAAUCAGCACCAUGUACAACCUGAACGAUGAGUUCACUCACCGCCCGUCUCGAAACAGCAUGAUCGAGGAGGAAGAGGAGGAGGCGGACACUGUCCACGACUUCCUAGAGUACGCCAACAAGUACUUCAUUGACCACCCCAAGGACACAGGUGGGGGAACCAUCAUGAAAAACCUCAAGAGGAAGAGUGGGUCAACGAAGGAGAUACUGACCAAGGAGGAGAUGUUGGAGUUCUGUAAGAACGGACUGAUCCCCGCCUCACACAUCAUGAUCCAUGACAAUGAGAACAUCCACCUUGCCUGCUCCCUCUUCAAGGAAAUAACAAAGUAUAUUAAGGAUGAGUGUAAAGAUGAUGUGGCCCUACAGACAGUACAGAAGUACGUCAAGGCAGGAAUUGAGCGGAUAGAGUUACGGGACGAGAUAUUCUGUCAGCUGGUGAGACAGACGAGAUCGAACCCCGAGCGACCCUGGCUCCUGACAACCUGGACACUGCUGUGUCUGUGUACUGCUUCCUUCAGCCCCAGCAAAACUCUCAAUAAGUACCUGAUGAGUUACAUCAAGCAGAGCUGCAGUGACAGCAUCGUUGGGAAGUACGCACUCCAGUGCCAUAAACACCUGACCAAAACCCGGGCCACCUCACGUAAAAACCCGCCAUCUAUGUCAGAAAUCAUGAGCAUGCGACACCUGAGCCCCAUGAUUUGUAAGAUCUCAUUCAUGGACGGUAAGACAAAGGCAGUGGGGGUGAUGCCUUGUGACACAGCAGAGGACGUCCUGGAGAGUGUCCGGAAAAAGAUCACGCUACAGUCCGUGGAGGGAUGGGCGCUCUACGAGGUUUCCACGGAUUUGGAUCGGUACAUAAGGACUUAUGAAUUCGUGGCUGAUGUUCUCUCUGGUUGGGAAUUGAGUGACAAGCUGGCCUCACAGCCAAGUAAAUACGAGACCAUAUCAAAGAAAGGACCCAAAAUGGCAUUAGGAGGAACGGACGCUGUGAUAAUGCUGAGAAAGCGUGUGUUCAAACACAUCACGGACAUCCCUAACGACCCUGUGGAAUACCGGCUACUGUACGCGGAGGCUGUCCAACAAGUCAUCUCUGACAAGUUCCCAGUGUCUGACAAGGUGGCGCUCCAGCUGGCCGGGCUCCAGGCCCAGGUGGUGUGUGGGGAGUACGAGGAGGGCAAAGACAACAGGUAUUCUGAGGCAGAGCUGUUCCUGUGUAAGAGGAUUUUAGCCCAGCCUGGGAGGGACUGGAAUGAGGAGAUUGCUGGGGCCCACAGACAUUACGGUAAGAACAAGAGCGAGCUGGAGGCCAUGGUGUGGUACCUGACCUGUGUCAAACAGUUCCCGCUGUACGGCUGUACCAUAUUCCAGAUCCAGAACAAGGGAAUGUGGGCCCACACAGGCGACGUUCUCCUGGCCAUCAACAUGGACGGCCUCAAGUUUGUGCGGGCCAAGGACAAGGUGGUCAUACACGGGUUCCUGUAUUCGGAGAUCGAGUCCAUCACCAUGGACCCCAACGACAACUACAUGACCAUGGAGCUCAAGAACGAGGUGGUCUGUCAACAGCGCUGCUUCAUGUUUGAGACCAAUCAGAAGGAGGAUAUUGGUCAUCUGAUUGCCAGCUACUCCCCGAACCAUGCCUCCUGGCUUAAACCAGAGUACGAGAGUCUGAAGAAAAAGAACAAGAUGACAGACGAUGAGAAACUGAAGCUGUACGAGGAGUUGGUGCGAUGUCGCCGCGCACUGUCUGACUGUCGACUGUUAAGGCCUGCCCAGUCUCAUCACGGAGCCAACUUCCUGAAACAGUCCAUCAGGAGGCUGACCAAGUCUAAGAUGGAGCGACUGAGGAGCUCCACCAUCGCGACCGGCCAGUUUGACAUCAGCUACUGGUCCUUCAGCAAGUCUUGUAUCAAGCAAGCACUCAGUGUCCUCGAUCCUCAGAUGGAGGAGCAGGCCCUCAAAAUGUUCUCCUCAAUCCUCGUCUACUGUGGUCUGGAAGAGCCAGCAAAACCAUUUCAUAUUGGUAGCAUAUUUGACUCAGUGGAGAUGAUCCAACGAAUCUUGUGUGGUAAAGAUGAGAAGCCAGAUAUGACAUCUCUGAUUCAGAAUGUCAUCCACAAGUGUAUGGACAGCGACCAGCUCUGUAACGAGUUUUAUCUUCAGCUCAUCAAACAGACCACUGAUCACCCAGACCCCAACAGCCUGGUCAACAAGAAGAACUGGCAGCUAAUGGCGGUGGCCUGUAGCUGCCUGACCCCUACCCACAGCCGCCUACAGAAGUACCUCCUCUGUCACCUCCGCAAGUGUUCCCUGGAUUCCACAUCCGAGGAGGGCCGCUUCGCCAGGUUCUGUCAUAAAUGUUUCACCAGAACAGCAGAACAGAAGAGGAGAAAGUUCCCACCCUCUCAGAAAGAGAUACAAUGUCUGACAGAGAGGCGGCCAAUCUUUGAGAAGGUUUAUUUCCUGAACAUGGAGAACAGAAGUGUGGAAUUUGACUCGGCCUCCACCUGUGGAGAGCUGAUCAAAACGGUGAAAGCCAAGAUAGGAAUGCGAUCAGAUGCCGAGUGCUUCUCUCUGUAUGAGAUAGGACCUUCAGAGAGGCAUAUGGCGCAUGACGAGAGAUUGUCGGACAUGCUGAGUAAGUGGGAGAGGCUAGGCAGGGGCUUUGGAAAGGAGCAAAAAAUGCUGUUUAAGAAGCGGCUAUUUAUUGACCCGUACAUUAACCCCUUGGACCCGGUGGAGUGUGACCUGGUGUUUCAUCAGCUGAUGAUUGACCUGGCCGAGAGCAAGAUUCCCAUCACCCAGCAGGAAGCUAUAAAACUGUGUGCCUUGAAGAUACAGUCAGAAAUGGAUCAGCUGCAAUCUCCAGAAAUAGACUACAGUUCCUAUUUGAGAAUUCUCCCACCCUAUGUUAAGGACUCUGUGAGAGUAGAAGACAUUGUGUGUGUUCACAACUCCCUGAUGGAGCUGACUCCUAACCAGGCCAUACUGGCCUUCAUCGAGGUCCUCAAGCAGUGGACUCUGUUUGGUGCUCAGGUCUUCAGUGUCUCGCAAAACUACACAUCAUCUCUCCCCAAAAGUCUGCUGUUAGCCAUUCAUCAGAAAGGGAUAACUCUCAUGGAAGUCAACACUUUUAGAACCCUGGCCUCCUACCAGUUUACAGAGGUCGUCCAUUCUAGUCCUGCCAUCACCAGCAUUAUGAUCGUUGUGGGUCACGUCGCCAAGGGAAUGAAGUACAUGUUCACCACAAAUCAGGCCUUUGAGAUAGCUCACCUGAUCAAGGAUUACAUCACGGAGCUGCAGUCAAGGUUCCUGAUUCCUGCCCCACAAACCACCGACAUCAACAUGAACCGAGCGUCGGCGGUGUUCUUUGAUGAUCCAUCGAGUACUCUACAGACCCUGGUGUAGUAGUACUGACAGAAUCACACUGUGUUCAUUACGUAAUUAUCUCCGAAGUCAAUAAUGAAUAAUAUCAUUGAGCUGAGACUGCUGCUUUGGUUCAAGGCUUGGACGAGUGUUUCCUUGCUCACUCAGCCUUUACAGAGUCCACUUCCUGUGCAAUCAACCAUGUGAUAUCAAUUGGAGGGGGCGUCCUUCUUGUCAUCGUGUUUUGUUUUCUCUGGUAUUUGCCAUGACUCAUUUUUUUCUCUAUAUUUUUUGUUGAUUUUUUGUAAGAAAUACUCCACCUUAAGUAUAUUUGUUUUUUUUUCAAGUGGUCUUUUUAGCUUUUUUGCCUUGCUAUGCAUACUAUAUGAAGAAGAAUCUCAUGAAAAUUACAUCAGAAAUGGUUUUUAAGGCAGACAGUUAUUAAAAUAUAUACUGCGUGUUUGAUAAUGCGACUAAGGCUGUCCCAUAGAAUGAUAUGGAGGCAAAAAAUUUACAGAAUGAGGAGAAAAAUGUGUACAUGUGAAAUGUAAGAGGUGCAAAAGCUUGUGAUACCGACCCGUGAACCAUAUGCAUUUUUUGUUUUGUGCCUUAACUGACUGACCAUGUGUAGUAUCAGGGUUUUGUUUUUUUCUAUCAGAGAUCACUAAUAACUUCACAUCAACAAGUUGCCAACAUGUGACAUUUGAUAAGUUGACAUCAGGGUUAGCAGUGCUCAGACCUAUUGCCUAUGGCACUCAACCUCAGGCCGUGCCACUCGUGGAAACCAAUAUUUGUAUUGAAGUUUUUUGACAUUUAUUUUUACUCUUUAUGAAUGUUUUUUAUUCGUACAUAGAUGUGUAAUCGUCAUUUAUGCAGAUAUCAAGCCAAACACUGACAGCGGAUCAGCUGAGGGUUGGAGGAAUGUAGUAACUCUGUUGUUUAUUGAUCAAGCCUUGCUACAGUGUCCAAGUUUCAUAAAUACAUAAAUGUUUUUUCAUUAUGUAACAAUUUAUCAAUUUUGCUUUAGUGGUAUGUGCAUCAGAUGCUUUAAACUAAUCCAAAUUUUUCUACACUUUGAUCGGUUAGCUCUAUCAUACAUGUAACAUGGGCCGAGACCCUUUCCCACUGCACCACUGUACUGUCUCAGGCAUCAAUCCUUGGUUCAAAACCAACCACAUUUCAUGUCCUUAUUGGUGACCAAUUUUUUUAUUUACAGAACAAAUUUUUUUUAUCCAUAUUGUAUCUAGUCAUAUUUAAAUGCCAAAUAUUAUCUCUGCUCCAUCCCCUUUCCUGGGGAAUGUUAUUUGUGUAUUGGCCAUUUUUACAAUUGCUUUGUACUAUUAUAAACAUAUAAUAAGUGUAAAUGUGUACCGGUACUUUGUUGAAUGACACAUCUUGAACGGACACAUCAUGACAUGGUGGCUGUUCUAGUGAGAGUGGUGGGCAGGCUUAUCUCCUGAUCACCUGGGUAGUCUGAUUGACUUCUGUGUGUGGCCAAGAACCACUUGGUGGUGCCUCUAGUGCCGCCCAUCUCCCAUAACACUAGGUGGCUGCUCUCACUGGACCUCCGUCGUGUGGUGAUUGUGUCCCUUGUUUUCUCUCAAGGCAAAUCUUAUGGAUUUUUUAAUUUAGUCUUAUUUUGGGAAGGGAAAAACUUAAUAUUGGAUUUACAACAAAGUUACAGAUCUGAAAUGAAGCUAUUGUCUUCCAGGGUUUUUAUGACCAAUGUUUUUCCUUUACAUUAAAUGUCUUUAUUUAUUGUUGUUUGUAAUUAUUUAUGCAGUGGAGUUUGUUUUGUUAACUGUAUGGAUAUGGUCCUCUGUAAUUUCUAUUUGACUGGACUCACAGGCUUCACACAAAAUCUCAAUGAAACAGCUGAUCCAGCACAAAAUCUCAGUGAAACAGCUGAUCCAGCACAAAAUCUCAGUGAAACAGCUGAUCCAGCAGGCUUAUUACUCAUCUACAACAUUAGGCAGAGGAAGCAGGCUAUAGCUCUUCUACAAUGUAAGGCAGAGGGAAGCUUAGCUCUGGGUUGGAUGACGCUUACCUCUGGGAGGGAAACAAACAAAAUACAUGUAAUAGUUUUCCUUGUUUUGGUAACAAAUUCGAUAGAAGAAAAACUAAGAAAAACUAACCAUGACAAAGGGAGAACAUACAAUAUUUCUCAUUCAUAAAAAUGGAGAUGUUUUUGAUCUCUUCUCUGGAUAUGAAGCUGUUGUAAGAACUGUCUGUGGUCCAGAGCUGUAGACAUUACAGGGGGCACCUGUUGGCUAUGAGUAUUGUGCAAUAACUAAAGAUAUUGUGACAGAACUGUCGUGUGCAAGUAAUAAAUAUAUUUUCCUAUGA